GGGGUGGGCUUGAGCUUAGGGUAGGCAGAGGGUCGAUUGGCGUUUCGGCUGGGCUGGGAAACACAUCGUUCGGACAUGCAAUCUAUUGGACGCAUGAGCUGCUGACGUUCCCGCGCCUGCGUCAGCAGUCAGCAGACCAGCAGUCAUGCUUGGAUACCUGCAUGGCACAUACUCGAAAUGCCCCUCGCGCUUUCUUUUCCCAUGGUUUCCCAUGGUUUCCUGCAGGCCAGGCCAGACUAAAUCUCGCGCGCCUUUUCCGGGACUGCGCGAGUGUUUCAGUGCGUUGCAAUCUGAAACUUUGCUCGAACAGCUCCCAUGGCGCCGCACAUGGAAAGCCAUAAUACGGAUACUUGCUCAAUCGCGCAACUCUCCGCAAUUCAGGGAGCAGCUCAGCGGCCCGACUUGGGUUUUUGAUUGGCGCAGGCAAAAGGUGGCCGAGGCUGGUGGCUCCCUGCUGCCCUGCCCUUGUCCAUCGUGGGUCUGUUCCCAACCACCUGCCAGCAAUAUCGCUCGCUCCCUCGCUCCCUCGCACGCACGUCACGCACGCACGCACGCACGCACGCACGCACGCACUCGUUCCUCUGUGCGGCUAAACUAUCCUGAGCUGUAUUUGGCCCUCCGCGGGCCACUGCGCCCUUCCGCUCUCUCGCUCUUCGAACCAGCGCCAGGGCACUUCCCAAAGCGACUCAUAGCCUGAACGCAAGCAGCCACACCGAUGACAUGCACUGCCUGACCAAGACGCAGAUUGCGCAGGGUCAAUUACGAACCCAAUUCAGCUCAAACUCCGCUCCGGCUAUGCGUGC